GCCUACUGUUGGAUCUCAAAGUUGCUGUUGAAAAGCUGCUACAAUGUAACAAGAAGCCAACAUCUCCCAGCGUCCUCCCCUGAGACGCCAAAGUGAGGUGAUACCUUGUGGCAUGAUGUCAGUCUAAUUUUCUUGACAAGCAACCCGAAAGUUAGUCUGUUGUCCAAGUUAUGUGACGCCACUUGUGGUUUCUCUGAAUUAUAUCGAUUCGUCAUCAAAUUUCACUGUCUUUCAGAUAGUGUUGGAUUGAGAGAACACAAUGGAUAAUGGAAGACAAAGCCGUGUUUCACGGCCUCAACAGAUAAUUGAGUCAUCCAAGGUUAGUUGCAUCAUGUGACCUAUCUAGCUACAGUGUUAGUUUUGUCUUAACUGACCAACUUCCUUCAAGUAAGUAUAACUUUUCGUUUAAUAUUACCUGUUGCUCUGUGUCUCAGGUGUAUCGUUGGGCGGAGCAGGCUGACUUCCUCCUGCAGGGUCUGAAUGAGCAGCGUCAGCACGGCCAGCUGUGUGACAUGGUGCUGGUGGCUGAUGAGCAGCGUAUCCCAGCCCAUCGCGCCCUGCUGGCCGUCUCCAGCCCUUACUUCCAGGCCAUGUUCACCCUGGGCAUGAGGGAGGAGCGUCAGGCAGAGGUGGAGCUGGUGGGGGCCUCCUACAUCGGCCUUAAGGCUGUGGUGGACUUCCUCUACAGUGGGGAGCUGCCGCUGGAUGGAGGGAACAUUGACUAUGUUCUGGAGACGGCCCACCUGCUGCAGGUGUGGAGGGCAGUGGACUUCUGCUGCCAGUACCUAGAGAAGGAGGUGAGUGAGGAGAACUACCUCUACCUGCAGGAGCUGGCUCUGCUCUACAGCCUGGAGAGACUAGACGCCUACAUCGACCACUUCAUCCUGGAACGCUUCGCAACCCUGUCCUUCACCCCGGGCUUCCUGAGGGAUGUCCGGCUUCCCAAGCUCAGCUCAUACCUGGCCAGCGGGCAGGUCCAGCACGAGAAUGAGCAGGCUCUGCUCCAGGCUGCUCUCCAGUGGCUGAGCCACAUGCCUGACCGCCCUGCACACGCCCACCAGCUGCUCUCCAACAUACGCUUCCCCCUAAUGCCAGCCAGUGACCUGGUGGGGCGCGUCCUCCCGGCUGUACAGACCCUGCUGCCCCCCGAGGCCGGCUGUGAGGUGCUGGUGGAGGAGGCUCUGAACUACCACACCAGGGCCAGCGCCCAGCCCGUGCUGCAGACAGGCCGCACCAUGCUGCGGGGAGGGGAGGAGCGCCUCCUACUGGUGGGUGGGGAGGUGUCAGAGCGCGGGGAGGAGCUGACUGCAGAUGUUCGCUGGUUGGAUGGAGACUCUGGUGGGUGGAUGGUGGAGACCCAGAUCCCGGCACAGAGGAGCCACCACUGUGUCGCUGUACUGGGGGGGUUCAUCUUCACCGCUGGAGGCAGCUCAUCACGUGAUAAUGGAGGUGAUGCUGCCAGCAACCUGCUGUACCGCUACAACCCCCGCGACAACCAGUGGAUCAAGGUAAAGCCAAAGAUACUGGUAACUAACUAAAAUAUCUCAUCUGCAUCAUUUCCAAUUAGAGCAAAUUAAGCAUAGUGGGCAGAACAAGGAAGGAGGUGGGCAGAGCCAAGCACGAGUUGGCGAGAUCCUAUUGGCGCCUUCUUGCAUGUACACUGAACAAAAAUAUAAAUGCAACAUGUUAAGUGUUGGUCCCAUGGUUCAUGAGCUGAAAUAAAAGAUCCCAGAAAUGUUAUAAAUGCACAAACAGCUUAUUUCUCUAAAUGUUUGUGCACAAAUUUGUUUACAUCCCUGUUAGUGAGCAUUUCCCCUUUGUCAAGAUAAUCCAUCCACCUGACAGGUGUGGUUUAUCAAGAAGCUGAGUAAACAGCAUGAUCAUUACACCUGUGCACCUUGUGCUGGGAACAAUAAAAGGCCACUCUAAAAUGUGCAGUUUUGUCGCAUAACACAAUGCCACAGAUGUCUCAUGUUUUGAGGGAGCGUGCAAUAGGCAUGCUGACUGUAGGAAUGUCCACCAAAGCUGUUGCAAAAUAAUUGAAUGUUAAUUUCUCUACCAUAAGCCGCCUCCAACGUCGUUUUAGAGAAUUUAGCAGUACGUCCAACCAGCCUCACAACCGCAGACCACGUGUAACCACGCCAGCCCAGGACCUCCAUGUCCCGCUUCUUCACCUGCGGGAUCGUCUGAGACCAGCCACCCGGACAGCUGAUGAAACUGUGGGUUUGCACAACCGAAGAAUUUCUGCAAAAACUGUCAGAAAACGUCUCAGGGAAGCUCAUCUGCGUGCUCAUCGUCCUCACCAGGGUCUUGGCCUGACUUCAGUUGGCGUCAUAACUGACUUCAGUGGGCAAAUGUUCACCUUUGAUGGCCACUGGCACGCUGGAGAAGUGUGCUCUUCUUCACAGAUGAAUCCCGGUUUCAACUGUACCGGGCAGAUGGCAGACAGCGUGUAUGGCGUUGUGUGGGGGAGUGGUUUGCUGAUGUCAAUGUUGUGAACAGAGUGCCUCAUUGUGGCAGUGGGGUUCUAGUAUGGGCAGGCAUAAGCUACGGACAACAAACACAAUUGCAUUUUAUUGAUGGCAAUUUGAAUGAGCAGAGAUACCGUGACAAAAUCCUGAGGCCCAUUGUCGUGCCAUUCAUUCACUGCCAUGACCUCAUGUUUCAGCAUGAUAAUACAUGGCCCCAUGUCGCAAGGAUCUGUACACAAUUCCUGGAAGCUGAAAAUGCCCCAGUUCUUCCAUGGCCUGUAUACUCACCAGAUAUGUCACCCAUUGAGCAUGUUUGGAAUGCUCUGGAUUGAUGUGUACGACAGCGUGUUCCAGUUCCCAUCAAUAUCCAGCAAAUUCGGACAGCCAUUGAAGAGGAGUUGGACAACAUUCCACAGGCCACAAUGAACAGCCUGAUCAACUCUAUGCGACAGAGAUGUGUCGUGCUGCAUGAGGCAAAUGGUGGUCACACCAGAUACUGACUUUCUGAUACACGCCCUACCUUUAAAAAAGGUAUCUGUGACCAACAGAUGCAUAGCUGUAUUUCCAGUCAUGUGAAAUCCAUAGAUUAGGGCCUAAUUAAUUUAUUUCAAUUGACUGAUUUCUGUUGGGGAAUGCUUACUGUGUGAAUUGUGUGUGUGCAAUAACUCAAUUCGCCCUUGCACUCCUAAACAAUGCGAUUUUUUGAAACAUUUAGAAAGAGUCAAGUAUACAAAACUUAGUGCGCUCUGUUCGUAACAGAUUCUAGUUUGGGGAACAGAAAAUGUUAUUGAGAUCAAAUGUUUCAUCGAUGAGACCAUUAGCAGAAUGUCGGCCAAGCUGCAUCUAGCUCCAUCUUCUCCCAUUUCUCACCACUGGACUUCCUGGUGAGAAGAAGUUCUAAACAGAUGCUUCAGAUGUAUACAUCCUGUGAGAGGAGAUCUGUCUCCUUCUUCCAUCUGUGGUAAAGCCCUGCUCUCACAGUGCAACCCAACUUAACUUCAGAGUGCAACCCAGACCUGGGCAAAAAAUAGUUGUAUUUUGUAGUUUAUUUGAAAAUACCAACUUUUCAAAUACUCAGGGUAGUCGUGUAUAUAUAUAUAUAUAUUUUUUUAAAAUAGAGUUUCAACUAAAAAGCAGCCAUUUUCUUUGAUAUUUAAAUACAGGUCUCAGAAAAACAAAUAAUAAUAUUUGAAGGUAUUUGAAUACAUGCAAGUUAUUCGAAAACCAAAAAUAUAUUUAUUUGAUGGCUGCCAAAUAUUUUAUGAAGAACCAAAAACGAGUUGGUUUGUUGAAUUAGUCUAAAUAUAUUAUCAUUAGCACAUGGUUUGGAGGGCUCUCAAAUAUGGAUCUUAAUAUAGCCUAUAAUUAAAUACCUGAGGGACAUGGAAUCACCUCAACAUUAAAGUAGACCACUUUUGCAGCUUACAAAAUGACUAACAAAUAUAUUUUAAUUAUGAGUGAAGAGGUAAUACAGUAACACUUUACAUCAAGUUAUUAUACAUGUGUAGUAACUUUGACUAUUACAAUAGCAACAUUGUUACAUAGGACUUUGUAAAUUGCUUUAUAAUUGCAUAAUAAUGGAGUUAUUACAUAUGUAGUAAGGAACAGUGACUAUUCCACUUGUGUACAGUAGUUACAAAAACUGUCAGCUCAUUGCCAUGCAAUUAAAAUGCAAUUACCAAAGUAUUAUGUAACAACAUGCUAAUAACAUUUAUCCAAAAGUAAUUACAGUUUUAUUACACAAGCACAAGAACAGUUUAAUGUUAAGUGUUACUGAGAAUGCUAACGGUAACAAAAUAUGGCUGUGUGUCGAAAGGAAACUAAAUAUCCAAAAACUGCCGUCUUGAAUCAACUACAGCCAAAGAAGGUGGAAAAUCAUGUUAGUUUGUAUUUGGAGUAAACUAUCCCUUUUUAAAGAUGUAGUGUGUUUGAAACAAGAACACUUCCCCUCAAAUGGACAGAGUUUCGAAGUUGUUUUUGCUAGGCAUCCAACUUGCUGUUUGCAAUGUUUGCUAACGGCUUUGAAUUUCUCUGCGGUAUUAUAUAAUGAAUUGCAGUUUUCCACCUUUUCAGUGGCAUGUUGAAAGACUCAUACAGUAGUUGAGCAUCACAACAUAUUUAUUUUGUAUCUGUACAAAACAUAAUUGGUUUUUGUUUGAUUGAUUAUGUACAGUGAGGGAAAAAAGUAUUUGAUCCCCUGCUGAUUUUGUACGUUUGCCCACUGACAAAGACAUGAUCAGUCUAUAAUUUUAAUGGUAGGUUUAUUUGAACAGUGAGAGACAGAAUAACAACAAAAAAAUCCAGAAAAACGCAUGUCAAAAAUGUUAUAAGUUAAUUUGCAUUUUAAUGAGGGAAAUAAGUAUUUGACCCCCUCUCAAUCAGAAAGAUUUCUGGCUCCCAGGUGUCUUUUAUACAGGUAACGAGCUGAGAUUAGGAGCACACUCUUAAAGGGAGUGCUCCUAAUCUCAGUUUGUUACCUGUUUAAAAGACACCUGUCCACAGAAGCAAUCAAUCAAUCAGAUUCCAAACUCUCCACCAUGGCCAAGACCAAAGAGCUCUCCAAGGAUGUCAGGGACAAGAUUGUAGACCUACACAAGGCUGGAAUGGGCUACAAGACCAUCGCCAAGCAGCUUGUUGAGAAGGUGACAACAGUUGGUGUGAUUAUUCGCAAAUGGAAGAAACACAAAAGCACUGUCAAUCUCCCUCGGCCUGGGGCUCCAUGCAAGAUCUCACCUCGUGGAGUUGCAUUGAUCAUGAGAACGGUGAGGAAUCAGCCCAGAACUACACGGGAGGAUCUUGUCAAAGAUCUCAAGGCAUCUGGGACCAUAGUCACCAAGAAAACAAUUGGUAACACACUACGCCGUGAAGGACUGAAAUCCUGCAGCGCCCGCAAGGUCCCCUUGCUCAAGAAAGCACAUAUACAGGCCCGUCUGAAGUUUGCCAAUGAACAUCUGAAUGAUUCAGAGGAGAACUGGGUGAAAGUGUUGUGGUCAGAUGAGACCAAAAUCGAGCUCUUUGCCAUCAACUCAACUCGCCGUGUUUGGAGGAGGAGGAAUGCUGCCUAUGACCUCAAGAACACCAUCCCCACCGUCAAACUUUGAGGUGGAAACAUUAUGCUUUGGGGGUGUUUUUCUGCUAAGGGGACAGGACAACUUCACCGCAUCAAAGGGACGAUGGACGGGGCCAUGUACCGUCAAAUCUUGGGUGAGAACCUCCUUCCCUCAGCCAGGGUGUUGAAAAUGGGUUGUGGAUGUGUAUUCCAGCAUGACAAUGAUCCAAAACACACGGCCAAGGCAACAAAGGAGUGGCUCAAGAAUAAGCACAUUAAGGUCCUGGAGUGGCCUAGCCAGUCUCCAGACCUUAAUCCCAUAGAAAAUCUGUGGAGGGAGCUGAAGGUUCGAGUUGCCAAACGUCAGCCUCGAAACCUUAAUGACUUGGAGAAGAUCUGCAAAGAGGAGUGGGACAAAAUCCCUCCUGAGAUGUGUGCAAACCUGGUGGCCAACUACAAGAAACGUCUGACCUCUGUGAUUGCCAACAAGUGUUUUGCCACCAAGUACUAAGUCAUGUUUUGCAGAGAGGUCAAAUACUUAUUUCCCUCAUUAAAAUGCAAAUCAAUUUAUAACAUUUUUGACAUGCGUUUUUCUGGAUUUUUUUUGUUAUUCUGUCUCUCACUGUUGAAAUAAACCUACCAUUAAAAUUAUAGACUGAUCAAGUCUUUGUCAGUGGGCAAACGUACAAAAUCAACAGGGGAUCAAAUACUUUUUUCCCUCACUGUACAUCUGAGAAAAUGGCCAUUCAGGGGAAUGGACAUUUUACAGAAUGUUCAGAUAGAAAUGUUUUGUUUAGAUCAAAUAUGACUGUCAGGUAGAUUGGAAUAAUAUAGGAGAUUUGUGUUUUAUUCUUUCGAUUUUUAUCUUCAACAUGCAGUUCCAGAUACAGCUUUCAGAUACAACCCUGCCAUUAGUUGAAGGCAGCCAAUCCAAUAGUUUCUGAAAAGUAGUCACUUCCUGAGAUCUGUAUUCAAAUACUUUUAAAAAGUAGUUGCUUUCUCAGAUCUGUAUUCAAAUGGUUUUAAAAAGUAGUUACUUUCUGAGAUCUCCAUUCAAAUCCCAGUUCUGGUGAAACCCAACCUAACAUUUUCAAAAUGUCUCCAAUUAUGUGUCAUCUUUACUCUAGAGUGCCCCAAUGAACCAGCGCCGUGUGGAUUUCUACCUGGGAGCCGUUGGGGAGUGUCUGAUCGCUGUGGGAGGGCGUAAUGAUAACGGGGCUUUGUCGUCAGUGGAGGUGUACAGCCCUACAAACGACUGCUGGACAUACGUCGCAGGACUGCCCAGGUGCGAACUGACACUAUUCCUCUAUAAUGGUCUCCCAAAGGGUUACCUGAACUCCUGUCUCUCUGAUAUUAAUUCCACCCGUUAAGCAGCAAGACAACAGAGUAAUGAGAACAACACUCUGCCUCUGGGGACAGCUCUAUGUUAUGUCACGGUUCGCAAUAGACCUAAUAUAACUAUUAUGCCUUCUUAGCCGGCAGACUGGCACAGCUCACAUCAAAGCCCUUUCUCUCACCUGUCCCUCUCUUCUCCAUGUCUCUGCAGGUUCACAUAUGGCCAUGCAGGUACAUCUGAUAAAGGAGUGGUCUACAUCUCAGGUGGCCAUGACUACCAGAUCGGGCCUUACCGGCGAGACGUGUUGAGCUACGACCCCCGAGGAGGAGACGUCUGGGUGGAGCGCCAGGCAAUGUCAUCGGCACGGGGGUGGCACUGCAUGACGUCACUUCACCACCUCAUCUAUGCAAUCGGGGGCAGUGAUGACCACGAGGAGAGCAUAGAUCGCUUUGACAUCCUGGCGGUGGAGGCAUUUGACCCCCAAAGUGAACAGUGGACCCGUAUAGCCUCCCUCCUCCAGCCUAACAGUGAGGCGGGCUGUGGGGUCUGGGGGGGUAAGAUCUAUGUGCUGGGGGGCUACAGCUGGGAGAGCAUGGUGUUCUCACAGGCCACACAGGUGUUUGACCCUGACAAGGGCCAGUGGGUGCGGGGCCCAGACCUGCCCAAACGCAUCGCAGGGGCUUCAGCCUGUGUGUGCUCAGUGAGACCCCAGCCCUGAAGUCCAGACAGGAAGAGGGCAGGAAACAAGGGAAAAUGCAGGCAUCACCCCACCCACCCCAACUAAAGAGGAGACAGAGGACUGCAGGGGAUGGAGGGGGUGAAAAGAGCUGUGUAACUACCAAUGGAACUGUCAGUGGAUUACGUAUUAUAUCAUCUCUAAAAGCACAAAAGCUCACAAUAGGACUGGUUCUGUAUCAGCUGGUUUGUGAAGGCUUCCAACAUGCCUAACCCUGGGGACUGUGAAAACGUUUGUCUUUGAUGUGCUUGGUAUUACAAUUAAAGCAUCAUCUAUGUGUUUUAAC